AUGAGCGUGGGCAAUCACUAUCUCCCUAUCAUAGUCGUCGAGUUGGUGGAGGGAGUUACCGCGAGGAAGGAUACCCUCAAGGUCCCGGUAGGAGAUUUCAGGAUUCGAGAUGGGAUGAAGGUGCUCAUUUGGACUAUGAUGCUAUACCACGAGCAUUCCGUCGCGAUCUGCCCAAUCCCCAAGGCCUCCUCCCGCUACUUAAUGUCCUCCUUGCUCCUCGAGCGUUUUGUGAUGUUUGUCGUUGAUUUUCUCUUUUCACCUUAUGUGUCGCUCAUGCCUACAUUCGCUGCUCAAGUGUUUUUGGACGUUUUUAGUUGA